UUGACACCUAACCUGUUGAUAUAAUUUACAUUUGAUACAUUACAUUAUCAACUUUAAAGAUUUUGUCUAAGGUGUUUACCUUAUGUUAUAUUUUUGUUUAAUUAUAAAGAAGAAAUGGUGCUGCUUCCGAAAGAUUCUGCUAAGUUAAUCAAUAGCUAUUCAACACAUGUUACAGUUGCAAAAGAGGGAAUUGAUAAAUUAGGUCAAAAAAUAUUGCAAGAGACAAUUAAUGGAAAACUUUCAUUUAAUAACAUCAGUCAGAAUACAAUUCAUCCCAGAGCAAAAGAUCCUUGGGCUGUUGAUUGGAUUUUUGUAGUUGAUUCCCUAAAUUUUUGCUUUUGGGAUAUUGAACAUAAAAAAAGACAUUGGAAGGUUGAUGGACAAUCAGGCUAUUUUGCACUUGGUGCUGCUAUCAACAGGGCAAUAAAAGAGGGUGUAGAUAUAUUAAAUCCUGCAUUUUAUGCUACAAUAAAUGAAGAACAAUUGGGAAGUGUUCUAAGAGGGGACACUUCAGUAUCAAUACCCCUUUUAAAAGAAAGGGUAAAAUGUUUGCAAGAAAGUGGCACUGUUUUGAAGGAAAAAUAUGGGGGUAGUUUUCUAAACUGCAUAAAACUGGCUGAAGGUUCUGCACUUAAACUCCUUGAGAUUAUAAUAAACUCCUUUGAGCAUUUCAGAGAUGAAUGUCAGUAUAAAGGACAUUCAGUCUCUUUCUAUAAAAGAGCCCAAAUAUUAGUGGCAGAUGUGUGGACUUGUCACCAGGGUGAAGGGGUUGGAUCUUUUCGAGAUAUUGAUGAGCUUACAAUGUUUGCUGAUUAUAGAGUUCCUCAGGUGUUAGUUCUUUUUGGGGUAUUGUCCUAUAGUCCUGAGUUGAUGGAUAUUUUAAAAAAAGAGGAUGUUUUAAAGUACGGUUCUGAAAUGGAGGUUGAAAUUAGAGGCUGCUCUAUACAUGCAGUGGAAUUACUGAAAGAAUAUGUAAAUGCCAAUCUUCCUGCUGAUAAGAAGAUUAAUUCAGUAUUGAUAGAUCAUUUUCUCUGGGAUUAUAGAAGGGCCCACCAAAGAGAAAUUGCUAAGAAUGAUAUACAACAUCAUAAAUGCAUCUGUAUCUAUUAUUAAAUAGAAUUCCAAACUUUUCAUUAUUCUUUUUAAAUAAACGUUGUAAUCUUGUAA